UUCAUGAUGAUUUCCAAAGACGAGUUGUGAGAGCUUGUGGUACACGUGCAAGAUUGGCAUCACAGCUGGAUUCAGAGAGUGGACCCUUCCGCGUGCUGCUUGGGCUCGAGUAAGGGCUGACCGCGAGCUGCCAAGCUCCGCAGAUGCGGCGCCAUGGUGCGGUUAGAAUGGCUGGAAGACUUGCGACUCACACUGUGGAGCUUGGAGCUUGGCAUGUUCGGCCAGUCGGGAGCUUCAUGGAUGGUUCGCGGAUGUUUGCAAUUUGGCUCCAAGAGAGACCUGCAUGAACCUGGUUGCGAGGCCCCAUGCCGAACAUCGAUUCUUCGGGAAGGACUUUCGAUUCACAGGAGUGCUGCCCGCGAUGCUGCUGCAUGCAGCAUGCAUGUUUGCCCAUUUGGUUCCCCGAAAGUGCACUGUUUCAGUUAGUUCACCCCCCAUUUGAGCGGCAUGAAAAGAACUAUAGCUGUAAGGUCUAAAGGAAAGGCAGUUUUUGCAAGGCUUGGUUUGGGCAGUUCGUAGGUGCAUGGUACUAGCCGUAGUUGCCUAAUUAGAACAAAAACAACUUGCAAUCCUAUAGUCACCAGAUCACCUAUAGGACAGGACCUAUAGGCCCAAAAAGGGCAAUGAAUUGCCAGACUAGUCUCCAUGGCAAUUCGCCUGACAGAGUAUCGGCGCCAUUUUUCGCCCAGCUUGCUGGUGGCCAUGUUUCCGAGAUCUUCUUGACUCGACCCGGGUUUCGUGACAUGGGUUCUUCACCCCAGUUGGCCACAGCAGCAAGGGGGCGUGGCCGCCCUGGCUACGCCCUCCUGGUGUCCUACAUGUUCCUCCCAUUGUGGGAUGCCAAGAGGUAUGACCGAUCGUCUCAGAACUGCAAUUCCGUGCCACUUCAGCUGUUUCUCAGCUUCACACAACAGAGAAACAUAGAGAAACCGUACUUCCCCAGUGUGAUUCGCCAAUUCCGCAAAGAGACGUCAUCAAAAUGCCGUGUUUGGCCCAAGCGCUGGAUUGUUUCACUGAGCUGGGGCAAAGAGCUCCCUAGCCAUUUUCAUGCGGCAAGUCUUGGGGCUUUUGCUGGUCUUUGGCUUGGGCAUUCUGGUGGGGAACUUCUUCCAACCCCAGGCCAAGUAUGCGCUCUUGGGGAGCUUCCUACAGAUCCAAGACACGGUGUCCCUUCAGAUGCCGCGCGGAUCCCGCACGCAAUUCCUGCAGCCGGACGUCUCUACGGCGACGCCCAGCCUGGCGACGCCCAGCCUGGCCGUCCAACAGGCACUGACCAUGCCGCCGCCGCCUCCCGCGCACGCGGAGGAGCGGCCCACGCAGUUGCGCGUGGAUGGGGAAUUUCUGAAACGAGAUGGUCGGGAGGUGAUCUUGGAACUGCCACCAGUCCUGGACUGUGAUCCGAUGAAGCACCUGUUGGUGAUCAAUUUGGAGGGGGAUCGUGGCAAGGCUCGGCGAGAGCAUGUGAAGAAGGAGUUUGAGAACGCGAACUUGACUGGACGCUUCUUGUUUUGGAGCGCGGCCAAUGCACUGACAGACCAACGCCUGGCGAACGAAACGGGCAAGAAGAAGUGCCCUUGCGAUAGCAAACUGUCGAACUCCCUCAGCCACAGAGAGAUCUACGAGAUGAUGUUGUACGAGAGGUGGCCCUGUGCGACGAUCUUCGAAGAUGACGUACGACUGGCGCCCAACUUUAGCUUGAGAGUUGCAGAGACCGUAGGCAGCAUCCCACCCUUCGAUGUGAUUCUUUGGGGGCACUGCCCUGGUGGUAGCAAGCCGCGGACCUUCCACAAGGAUGCCGGCCAAUCGCCCACCACGCUCUCAUAUGGCUGGCCUGGCAGUUGUUUGCACGCGUACACGGUGAGUUUGCAGGGCGCCUUUACGUUGACCCAAGCAGCUACACCCGUGCGCGUGCCCGCGGACGGCGUCAUGGACGGCAUGCACCACUGGGGGAAUCGAGUCCGGCCGCACAUCGACAAGGCGCGGGGGAAGUUCACCGGAUCCUACUGGUACGCUUCCCCCAUGAUCGCGAUCCAGGGCGAUGAGGCUGAUAAGAUGGAGGGUGGCAGCUAAGUGAGAAAAACGUGCCGUUGCUUGUGCAGCUCGCAGAACGGAGUGCAGCUCGCGCAGGCUUACAUGUAAACCCUUGUUUUUUUUUUCUCAGGUUAAUUACAAUGCAUUAUAGAUACUGCAUGAUAAUGAAAUCAUUACCGGCCUAGCCAGCCAGCCUGGCUGGUUUCUGGAGGAGAUGCUUUGGUUUGCUUGAAUGAACAAACAUACGGACGGUGUUCUAUUCAUGGUCCUUUGGGUGAAUCCAGCGCAACUGGUUGUCAAAACCAACUUGGAUGUCCAGCUUCAGACACUCCAAAGCAGUCUUCCAACCUUCCAGACCGAGCCCCGAGUCAGCACCCAGUGGUCCGAGCUGCCGCUGGGUGCUGGUUGACCAGCAUCCAGUCGUCCACUGGUCUAAUGAUAUUUAAGGAUAAUAGGGGGAUCCCAAGAUAGAUAGAAACGUAAUUUUGAUUGGUCUUCAAUCUUUAAACAUGCAAGCGUUUUUUUUAUUGGGG